AUGUUUCUCACUUACUGUUCUCCUCGCUACCGUAUGGACGAUUUUGAUAGUGCAGCGGCUUUAGUUUUGUGUGCAUUUGCAUACUAUAAUCUUGUUAAUAUCAAAAUCAGAAAACAAAUUAGAAAAAAAAGAAGGUGCAGGCGAUGGUGGAUGACGGAAAUUCAUCGAAAUAGAACAAGCUUUACUAUGCAAAAACAACUGGGAGAACUAGUUGCUGAACCAAGUGGAGAAUUCAAAAAGUUUACUAGAAUGUCAACAGUUGAUUUUGAAUAUUUACUUAACAAGAUUUCUCCAUUAAUAAGUAAACAAGAUACACAACUGCGACAAGCUUUACCAGCUAAAAUGCCAGACGCGAAUGACACACAGACACACCGUGUUAGCUCACACCUAGCGAACGGGGAAGCAAUUACUGACGCACAGUACACGGUACAGCUUCCUCUAGUUCCUGUUGGAAUUUAG